ACCCUCUCUCAGACUCUUCUCUCUCUGUCUUAACCUCGCCUGGCUUCUCUUGCUCCUCUCUUUCCACUUUGCAAACCCUAGAAUCUCCGAUCCGUUCUACGGCGAUCCCAAUACCCUCCCCUUUGUCUCGAUCGCUGAUUAUUUCACUGCGUUACAGGAAUUUGAUCUGUUCAAUUGAUGCUCAUUUUGGAAGCGCUAGAUGAUCUUGGGUUUUGAUUUGCAUUGCUUCAGGUCGUGGUGAUCUCUGACGAAGGCUGAGGGGUUGCGCUCUUCGUUAUCUGCUGGAAAUGAACCCUCAACAAUGUGCACUGCCCAGAUCUUCAACCAAUGGGAUUGGACGCCGGAGAGAAAUGAACCUUAGGGUAGAGAAUAAGAUGCAUGGGAAGUCAGCAUCCAGCAGUUUUGGCCUUGCGAAUGGAGACAAAGGGGUUAGCUUUGCAAGCCCUUCUCAUGAUCGACUUAUAUUUGUCAUGACAUGUCUCAUUGGUCAGACUGUAGAAGUGCAUCUCAGAAAUGGAUCUAUAAUUUCUGGAAUUUUUUACACCUCUGAUACUGAAAAAGAUUUUGGAAUUAUUCUGAAGAUGGCUCGAGUCAUUAAGGAUGGGUCAAGCAAAGGACAGAAGCCUUUUCCUGAUAUUGUUAAAAAGCCUCAUACUAUGAUAAUACCUGCAAGAGAACUUGUUCAAGUUCUAGCAAAGGAUGUGCCACUAAGUGUCGAUGCAUUCGCCAAUGGCAAUGCACAUGAUAAGCUUCAAGACCUCAUGAUAGAUUCUGCCAUAUCACAAUCUCAUCAUGUUGAAGUAGGGAGGGAACUGAAGCCCUGGACUCCUGAUAAAGAUGAUCCAGAAUGUCCGGAACUAGAUGACAUAUUUGAUGGAACUUGGAACAGGAACUGGAAUCAGUUUGAGACAAAUGAAGCUUUGUUUGGGGUGAAGAGCACCUUUGAUGAGGAGCUGUACACAACAAAGCUUGAAAGAGGUCCCCAAAUGAGGCAGCUUGAAAAGGAAGCUAUAAGAAUUGCUAGAGAAAUCCAGGAAGAGGAUACCAAGGACCUUCAUUUGGCUGAGGAAAGAGGCAUCCACUUCCAUGGAGAUCACGACCUUGAUGAGGAGAUAAGAUUUUCUGCGGUAAGAAGGGAUAUUGAUAGCCGCAAGUUUGCGGAAAGUGAGAAUGCAAAAUUAGAUACCUACAAUCCCAAUAAAACGCUUAAGUCUGCUAUUGGCCGAUCAUAUUCUGAUAUUGCGAGAAGGGGCAUAAUUGAUGAAGCCCGGGCAUUAUCUACUUGUUCUUCAGUGGAUGAAGAGACUGGUUCCCAAAUCCCUGCCGAUAGGGUUUUAAAUCCUUCAGGUUCUGGUGAUCAUCUGAACGAUUGUAUUGCAAGGAACUCCCAAAGUAUGGAUGAUGGCAGGUUGGAUGAGGUGCAGGCCAGUGAUCAAGAUAAAGAGAAGGGUUCUGCAAACAGAUGUGCAGAGAGAAUCUCACAUGAGGAGGCACAAACUGUGUCAUUUAAUGAUGGACAAUCAUUGAGCAUUGUUGAGGACUUGUCUGCUAAUGCUGCUGCAUCUGCUCCUGGUCAAGAGAAUGAACACUCCUCUUCUGAACGUUUAGAUUCUGGCAAAAAAUCUGAUGCUUCUGAACCUGUAAAUCUGUCUCUACAACCUGCUGGCUCGACUUCGUCCACCUCUGAACAUCCUGGUGCUGGAUUAGUUUCCAGUCGCCCAGGUUUAUCACCAAGCUCUUCAAUGGGAUCAUUGUCUUCAGAAAAAUCAACUUUGAAUCCACAUGCGAAGGAGUUUAAAUUAAAUCCAAAUGCUAAGAGUUUCACUCCAUCAUCUUCUUUUAGACCACAAGUGCCAGCUUCUGAAGGGUCCUUCUAUUAUGCAAAUAAUGUUUCUGCUGUUCCACAUUUACACAGUUUACCUGUUGGUGUUGGGAUGGGACCAUCAUUUGUGGGCCCUCAGCCUAUCGUAUACAAUGCACAGGCUACACAAAUGCAAUCUCAGCCAUUUAUUCAUCCUAAUGGCCCUUUGUAUGGGCAGCAGAUGGUUCUGGGGCAACCUCGGCCUGUUAUGUACAUGCCAGCAUAUCCACCAGAAAUGACAUACAAAGGAAGAAAUUUUUAGCACAAAAACAAGUGCCAUACUUUGUAUUUUGGGUGGUGGAUGGCCGUCUGCUGACGAGUUGCUACUCCGGAGCAUAUUAAUAGUUUGUGAGCACUAGAGGCAUGCAUGAGACAUAAACUUACAGAACGGCUUUUGGAUGAUGAUGUGGUCAUGGAAUCUGCUGGUUUCAAUAACAAGAAUUGCAUGGGGAAACUGGAUACAGUCUAAUUUACUGUAGCCCAAGUGUAAAUUAAUGGAUGUGACUUGAAUUUUUAUGACCUUAACAACUGAAAGUUCUGAUAUUCUCAAUCAUUUGUUCUCUUUUGAUAUCAUGAUUUAAUCCAGAACAAACAUUAUUGAAGGCUCAA